UAUCUAGAAUAGACAAAUCACAGAGAGAAAGCAGAUUAGAGGUUACCAGAGUCUGAGGGGAGGGACGAGUGAGGAGUUACCAUUUAAUGUUUCAGAGCUUCUGUUUGGGGUGAUGAAAAAGUGUUGGAAUUACUAGUGAUAGUUGCACGACAUUGUGAAUAUAAUGAAUGCCACUGAAUUGUGCACUUAGCAAUGUGGUUAAAGUGGCAACUUUUGGUAUAUAUAUUUUACCAUUGUUUAAAAGAUUAAUGUAACAUACCGAAAAACAUUGAAGUGUACACCUUGGGUGAAUUGUAUGAUAUGUGAGUGAGUUAUAUCUCAAAGCUGUAAAAUAAAAAAGGCAACAUAAAGACAUUGUGAGAAAUAUAAAAACUGAAAGAAUUUAUUACCAGCAUACCCACAUUACAAGAAAUGUUAAAAGAUGUCCCUAAGGGAGAAAGGAAAUGAAACCAAACUGAAGUCUGGAUCUUCUGAAAAGAAUGAACAGCACUGACAAUGGUCAUUAUGUCGGUAAAUAUAUAAUAUUUUUUCCUUAAGUUUCAAUAUUUAAAAAAAGAUAAUUGACCCUGUGUUAGUUUUCUGUUGCUGUGUAACAAACUUAGCAGCUUCAAACGGUUCCCAUUACAAGCUCACAGUUCCAUGGGUAAAAGUCUGACACAGUGUGGAUGGGUUUUCUGCUUAGAUAUCCAACAGCCAAUAUCAAGGUAUUGGCUAGCCAGAAUUCUUAUCUGGAGGCCCUGGGGAAAACUCCACUUCCAAGUUCACUGCAACUGUUGGCAGAAUUCGGUUACCUGUGGCUAUAGGACUGAGGUCCUUCUUUCCUUGCUGGCUGUCAUCGGGUGCUGCUCGUAGCUCACACAGACUGCCCGCAUCCCUCGCCAUGUGACACCAUCCACCUCCAGCUUUGUCUUCUCAGGGUGUCCCGUUACUCAAGAAAGCAUUAUCAAGAACAAGGAGGGCAUGGACACUGAGUCUUUAACUGCUGGGUCCCAUACACUGGUGACCUUCAAGGACAUACUUGUGAACUUCACUCAGGAGGAGUGGAAGCUGUUGGAUACUGCCCAGCAGAUCAUGUACAAAGAUGUGAUGUUGGAGAACUAUAAGAACCUGAUUUCCUUGGGACAUCAACUUCCCAAGCCAGAUGUGAUCCUCCAGUUGGAGAAAGGAGAAGAGCCAUGGCUGGCAGAGAGAGGGAUUCACCAGGAGAACCAUCCAGAUUUGGAGACUGCAGUUGAAAUCAAAUCAAUUUCCAGUAAGAGCAUUUAUAAAGAUAAACAGUCUUAUGGCAUUAAAAUGGAAGGAAUGACAAAGAAUGACCUCUGGUAUUUGUCACUAGAAGAAGUCUGGAAGUGUGAAGACCAACUUGACAAGUAUCCAGAAAACCAAGAGAGACAUUUAAGGCAAGUGGCAUUUACCCAGAAGAAAGUACUGACUACAGAGAGAGUUUCUGAAAAUGGUAAAUAUGGCGGAAACGGUCUUCUUCCUGCUCAGCUAGUAUUGAGAGAAUAUUUCCAUAAACAUGACUCACAUACUAAAAGUUUAAAACCUAAUUUAGUUUUUAGCAGUCAUCAAGAAAGCUAUGCAACUAACAGUACUGAAUGUAGUCAAACCUUCUGUCAAAAUAUUCACCUUAUUCAAUUUCCAAGAACUCAAACAGGAGAUAAAUCCUACAAAUACCCUGAUAAUAACAACUCUGUUCCUCAUAGUACAUCCCUUGGUAUAUCAAAGAGUAUACAUAGAGAGAAACCCUAUGAAUGUAAGGAAUGUGGAAAAUUCUUCAGCUGGCGCUCUAAUCUUACCAGGCACCGACUUAUUCAUACUGGAGAAAAACCCCAUGAAUGUAAAGAAUGUGGAAAGUCUUUCAGCCGGAGUUCUCACCUCACUGGACAUCAGAAGACUCACACUGGGGAAGAGCCUUAUGAAUGUAAAGAAUGUGGAAAAUCCUUCAGCUGGUUCUCUCACCUUGUUACCCAUCAGAGAACUCAUACAGGAGACAAGCUGUACACAUGUAAUCAAUGUGGGAAGUCCUUUGUUCACAGCUCCCGGCUUAUUAGGCACCAGAGAACUCAUACUGGAGAGAAACCAUAUGAGUGUCCUGAAUGUGGGAAGACUUUCAGACAGAGCACACAUCUCAUUCUGCAUCAGAGAACUCAUGUUAGAGUGAGGCCAUAUGAAUGCAAUGAAUGUGGGAAAUCUUAUAGUCAGAGAUCUCACCUCGUUGUGCAUCACAGAACUCACACUGGACUGAAACCCUUUGAGUGUAAAGAGUGUGGAAAAUGCUUUAGUCGAAGUUCUCACCUCUUCUCACAUCAGAGAACCCAUACUGGAGAGAAACCAUAUGAGUGCCAUGAUUGUGGAAAAUCUUUCAGCCAGAGUUCUGCCCUCAUUGUGCAUCAGAGAAUUCAUACUGGAGAGAAGCCAUAUGAAUGUUGUCAGUGUGGAAAAGCUUUUAUCCGGAAGAAUGACCUUAUUAAGCAUCAGAAGAUUCAUAUUGGAGAAGAGACCUAUAAAUGUAAUCAGUGUGGAAUUAUCUUCAGCCAGAACUCUCCAUUUAUAGUACAUCAGAUAGCUCACACAGGAGAACAGUUUUUAACAUGUAAUCAAUGUGGGAUGGCACUUGUUAGUAGCCCUAACUUUAUUAGAUACCAGACAAAUCAUAUUAGAGAAAAUACAUAUUAAGACAAUGAGAAAGGAAAAACUUUUACAAAUAGCAAUAACUAUUUUGCAUUGGAGAACUCAUGAAGAGAAGCUGUACAGAUACAAUCUAUGUGGAAAUGUUUUCAAACUUGUUACUACCUUUUAGUGUACCAGAGUUUUGGUCCUGGAGGGACUAAGACUCCCAAAAUUGAAUUUUAGUACACAAAUACAUCCUUAUUUUUUUCUUUCCAUAAGUUCCUACAAAAAUAAUUCGCCUAGGAGCAUUCUUGACCAAGCCUCAAAUGCAAAAGUGAGAAGGAACCUUUUAGGUGAGUUUUUAGAAAAGACAGCAGCACUACCUUAAGCAAGAAAAGAGAGAUUGCUACUUCAAAAAAAUAGAAAAGAAGGGUAAAAACUGAUAUAGUUCUUAUGACAAAAGAUGGGAAAUAAUACCCUAGUGAAUUAAUAUGCCAUAUUUUACUUAGUUGUCCUCCUUUUCUGGGACACUUAGUAGUGUGUAGUCUGUUUUAUGUGUCUGAUAUAAACCACAUAUUUUUUUGUUAAUAACAGGGAAAAUGAUUAUUAUGUAAAGCAGAAAAAAAUACAUGUACUAUUAGUAGUACCCAAUUUAAAUAUAUUUGCAUGUGGGUGAGAACUGAAGAGGUAUCUGUGGGUAAGUGAAUACAGUUGGUUUGUUAGAUAAUGGGAUUAUGAUUGAUUUUAAUAGUCUCCCCAGAAUUACUGUAGUAAUUAUCAUCCAGUUUCUCUAUUCCACUCUUAAGGCAGCUUGAGAACCAUCUGUCAGCAAAAAUUCCCAUUAAUUCUAAGUCAGUUUGGGUCAUAAGAGUACUGGUCUUUGAACCAGGAUGCUAAAGCCUUCUGGGAGUUUAAACACAGUGACUCUGUGGACAUUGGGACCUUAAGGGAGCAUUGGGUAUUUGAAUAUCCCAGAGAGGUCUCCACUGGAGUGGGAGGUGCCUGGGCAAUACCUGGAGCAAGUAUGCUCAUGGGAUAAACACAUGACUGCUCAAAGCCACUCUUCUUCCAAGGUAGUCUUUCAUCUUUAUGCGGAAAACAUAGAAAAUUUAUUGGUUAAGAGCAUAAGCUUGAGCUCAGUUACCCAAGCUGAAAUCCCACAUCUGUCCUUACCUUGCUGGGUGAAUGUGGGCAUGCCACAUAGCUUCUCUGUGCCUAACUUACAGAUAUCUUCCUCUGAAAGUUAGGGAUAUUACUUACCUUGUAGGAUUGUGGUGAGUAUUAAAUAAGUAAACCUAUAAGCAGCUUAAGAGUAGCACCUGACAUUUAUCAAGUGAUUUAUAAUUAUUGUGAUUAGUAAUAAUCCCCACCUAGUGUUUGUUUAAUUUAAACCUGCCUGAGUGCUAGUAAGAACUCACUGAGUUCUGCACUUCCCUUCCAGUUUCCUUUUAACCUACAUCAGUACUUACCAACCUGAGGAAAUCACUCACCUAUACUGGGUAUGUGGAUUCCUUUUCGAGGAUCCAUAGACAACUUUAAUAUUUUAUCCAAAGUCAUUCUGUUUGUACAAAGGUUUUUCCUUCUAAGGAGAGGAUCCUCAUCAUCAACUGCAGUGGUAAGCCCAUGACCCCAAAAAGAUUAGGAUGAGAAUCUGUUUUAAUUCUCUUUCUCAUUCUGUAAAUUGAUCUCCUAUGUGUACAGAUUGACCAUUUUCCAUUUUUAGCAAACAGUAUAUAAGAUGCUAUAUGAUUGUUGAAUGAUAAAUAAAAUAUUGUUGAGACCCACAGGAAAAAGAUCUUGGUGUGUCCCCCAGGAGAAAUCUAGAAAUGAUGCUUAGAAUCGUGAGACUUGAGAGCUACAAGGAAUGUAAGACCAUCUAACUCAUGCUCUUCAUUGUACAGUUGAGAUAAGGUGAGUUGUCCCAGACCUCACAUUUUGAGUGAAGUCAGACCCACAACUGGAUCCCAGUUUCCUCAUUGGUGCUGCUCUCCUCAGUGCUUACAUUCCAUUCACAUGUAUAAUAUACUCCUAUCAUAAAGUUUUCAUUAUAAGCAGUGGUUCUUUAUGGGGUAGAAGAGUAGCUCCUUCACUGGGCCUCUUAGAAUUUCUAAUAACCUAAGGCUCAGUUUUCCUCAGCUGUGUAACAGAGAUACUACUAGUAUCUACCUCAGAGGGUGUGUGGAUGAAGUGAAAUAAUGUGUAUAAAGUACUUAAAACAAUACCUGGCACAUAGCAGCUGUUAAUAACAAUAUUAUUAACACCCUAAGGAAUGUGGUAAGAGAUAUAUGUCUAUGGAUGAUCAUUGAAGAGUUACUUACGAUAGUGUAAAAUUUACAAUAUAGAAAAAUGUUUAAUAGCAAAAUGAUUAUAGCAUACGCAUAAUGGAAUAUUAUGCAGACAUUAAAGUGAUGCAAACAAAAUUUGGUAACAGGAAAAAUGUUGAUGCUUUUAUGUGGUACAAAAAAAGCAUGAUAAAUGUCAAUAUAGAGUGAGCUCAAAUAUGUAAAAAUAAAUGAAUUGUAAAAAAAUGAAAAUGAGUUUUGCUCAAAACUAAGGAAAUUUGUCAAAAGAUUAAUGCCAGGUAAUGGUGAAUGUAGUACACACAUUGUUUUUCUUGUGAAACCUUCAUAUGAUUGUAUAUCAAUGAUACCUUAAUAAAAAAAUAAAUAACCAUUUAAAAAAAGAUUAAUGCCAGGUAACCUA